AUGGUUCUGACGACGGCAAUCUGCCACGGUAGCUCCAAUAUACCACACCCUUCUAUUCAGCCAGUAGUCCUCCUUCAUAGAAAAUAUGUACGUUUUGAGCGAUCCCUAUAUUUAAUAUGUAUUGUAUUGUUACAGUUCGACGAGUUCGUGCGAUCACUUCAGGUGGACCCACAGUCGCCGCUGUUCAGGCUCGUCACAGACGGACAGACACCACUCAGACAAUGUCUUCACCCGGAGGCGUGCAGUAAGGACAUCAAUUUGCCGGUAUACUACGCGCGCUUCCACGAUCUGCGUAAGGAGUAUGUGCGAGCAUACACACUGCGCGCAGUCACACCCCCACGGGCGCAGGCGCCGCCACCACCCCCGCCCCCGGACCACCCCGGCUCAUUAACGGAUAUGUUAAAUUAUUUAGGUAUAACACCGUACAGCGGUGAGAAUUUCUACGCGGCAGAAGUGAAAGACAUGGCCAGUAUCAUACAAAGGAUAUACACAGAUGGUUUCCGGUUAGAGUUACCAGAAAAUGUGGACUUAGUUUUAGAAACUGGAAUUUGCUCAAAAGACGAUGAGAUUGAUAAUAAUUGCAUAGUGCGCGCCCGCGGCCUCCCCUGGCAAUCCAGCGACCAGGAUAUUGCUAAGUUCUUCCGGGGUCUCAAUGUGGCCAAGGGUGGAGUAGCUCUAUGCCUCUCGCCUCAAGGUAGACGCAACGGCGAGGCAUUAGUUCGGUUCAUAUCUCAAGAGCACAGGGACAUGGCUCUCAAAAGACAUAAGCACCACAUCGGCCCGAGGUACAUUGAGGUGUACCGGGCAAAUGGAGAGGACUUCCUAUCAGUCGCUGGCGGUGCAACGUGUGAAGCGGCGGCUUUCCUAACGCGGGGUGCGCAGGUCAUAGUUCGGAUGCGGGGUCUGCCAUAUGAUGCUACACCUCAACAAGUUCUGGAAUUCUUCUCGACCGGCGACGAUCCAGUUCAAGUGCUAGACGGUGCGGACGGGGUGCUCUUUGUAAGAAGAUCAGAUGGUCGUGCAACUGGGGAUGCGUUUGUUCUAUUUGCAAAGGAAGAUGACGCGCCAAAGGCUCUCUCUAGGCACAGAAAGUUAAUCGGCUCAAGAUAUAUUGAGCUGUUCCGGUCUACCACAGCAGAAGUACAACAGGUCCUGAACCGAUCGCUGGAGACACGUUCCAGUACGGCGAGUACUCCAACAGCAGCCCCGGCUCCCUCCGAGGGUCUGCUACCCGUGCUGGUGCCCCAACAUGUGAUCACAUCGGGGACAGCCAAGGAUUGCGUGAGAUUGCGAGGAUUGCCAUACGAAGCGCAGGUGGAACACAUACUAACUUUCCUGGACGAAUUUGCCAAAAACAUAGUGGUUCAAGGUGUACAUAUGGUUUAUAAUGCUCAAGGUCACCCCAGUGGAGAAGCAUUUAUACAAAUGGACAGCGAAGCCAGCGCGUUUCUGUGUGCGCAGCAAAAGCAUCAUCGGUACAUGACUUUCGGCAAGAAGCAACGGUACAUCGAGGUGUUCCAGUGCUCGGGCGACGACAUGAACCUGGUGCUGACGGGCGGCGUGACGCCGGCCACGUCCCCCAAGGUGCUCUCCCCCGGUACGUUGGUCCCCCCCCCUGCGGCGGCCGCGCCCGCGCCUCGCCUGCUCGCGCACCACAUCGCGCACCAGAGCCUGCUCGCCCGCCAGCACGAGAACCUGCUCCUCGCCUCCCUGCGCGCCCCCGUGCUGCCCCUCCUCCCCUCGUACGCGGUGCGCCCCCCCGCGCCCGGCGGGCCCUACUCCCUGCCCCAGUUCCUCCCCGCGCAGCAGACGCUGCUCCCCACGAAGAGGACCUACGACCGCGCCUUCACCCCCACGGAGGCGCCUCCCGCUAAGCGCCCGUACACGCUCCCCCCUCCCAUGGCUCCGGCUCUCUCCCUCCCAGUGCUCUCCUACGGCACGUCCGCGCCGAUAUUCUCGUACGCGAAUACGAACUCUAUGCUUUCCACGUACGGUAGUGGUCUUCCUACGGCUAUACCCACCGCUCUGCCGGCAGGAUACGGGUCUUUGUCUUCCGCGCUCCCGGCUUCUAUGAGUGCGUCAUUUCCUACCGCCACGCUGCCGAUGUUCCCUACCUACCCGUACUACCCCGGUGUUUAAUAUAGUCUAUCUUCACGGUAGAACCCUUGCAGGGUAGACAGAGACGGACGGCUUGUCUAAAUGUCUUAAAAUAGAUCGCCUAGGCAGCGUAAUUAAGACG